AUGAUUGAGCAAUGUGUUGGUACUAUCUCUACUUGUAUCAUGCUAAAUGGUUCUCCAGGUGAUGUUUUCUCUCCUCAAAGAGGACUCAGACAAGGAUAUCCCUUGUCUCCUUAUCUGUUUAUUCUUUGUAUGAAAACUUUCUCUAGGUCCUUACUUCAAGCUGAACAUAAUAAUCUGAUUCAUUAUAUCAAAAUAAAUGAGUAUUGUCCUGCAAUUUCUCACUUGUUUUUUGCAGAUGACUGUCUGAUAUUUGCAAAAGCAUAUAAUAAAGAAGCUAGGAACCUUAUGAACAUCAUUGAUAAAUUUAGCACCUUCUCUGGUCAGUCUAUCAAUUAUCAAAAAUCAGGUAUUGCAUUUAGCAAGGGUGUGCCUAAUCAGCUAAAAAAUGAGAUCUCUAACAUCCUUAAUAUUAAGAAAUUAGCUAUAAAUGAUAACUACUUGGGUGUUCCCUUACUGUUACAGAGAAACAAAACCCAGUCUUUUAGGCCUCUUUUAGACAUGGGUAUAAAAAUCAUUAAGAAAUAUGUUGUGUGGGAUGUUGGAGAUGGCUCUGAUAUUCAAAUAUGGAAACAUAUAUGGAUACCCUCUAUUUCUAGCAAUGUUCCAAGUCAUUUUAGCUCCACUAAUAUGAUAACUGUUUCCCAACUUAUUGAUGAUGAUACUAAGUCCUGGAAUUUACAGACUCUAAAUGCUCUAUUUGAUAAUCAUACUGUGAAUGCCAUUAUUAGUAUCAGGAUUCCAUUUAGUGGAAAGGACUGUCUUAGAUGGAUUGUGUGGAGUUCUGCUAACCCUUCUCUCAUGAGUACUAUCAGUAAUGUGGUUUCGUUUCAGGAUUGGAUAAUCUCUCUAUUCCAGGUAAGUAAUACAACUAAUAAUGAUAUUGUUCUUCAAUUGUCUGCUUUUAUUAUGUGGCACAUCUGGAAAUGUAGGUGUAAGAAGGUUUUUGAGGCCUAUCAAGAAACCCAAAGUGAAGUAGUUUACUUGAUCAAGUCAGAAUAUAGUACAUGGAACAAUUUUCUUAGUACUAAUUCUACUCCUGUUGUUUCAAAUAUAAGACCAGCUAUGUCAAGAUGGAAAAAGCCUGAUAAUCCCUAUAUGAAAAUCAAUUGGGAUGCCGCAUUUGAUGAAGUAACUAAAAAUGUAGGCAUUGGACUAAUCAGUAGGUCUUUUGCAGGUGUCACAGAUGGAGCUAGAUACUGCAGGGAUAAAGCAUUAGACCCAGAACAGGCUGAAGCAAAGGCGCAACUCGAUGCUGCAUUGUGGGGUGGAUCAAAAGGAUACCAGAAUGUGCACUUGGAGGGAGUCUGCUUAAAUGUUGUUAAUGCUUUAAAUGGUAGUUUAGAUUAG